AUGGCAUUUAAUACAAAGAUCUUUUGUGGCUCUUCUGAUUUGGUUUCUCGGUUUUCAUCAAAAAUUAAUACUGAGAUUAGAAAAAGGACCAAAUCCAGCUACAAUAAGUUUGAAUUCGAAGAAAGUAAUGCUCAAAUCUUCAGGCUAAUGCUCGAUGAUGCCCAUCUUCAAUCCUGUGUUUAUUUCUACGAGUAUCAGAAUGCUUUUACCUUCUCACUUGUGGUUGUUUCUUCUCAGCUGCUUCAGAAAUACUUGAAUAGUGGAUCGAAAGAAUCUGGGUCUUUAGCAAAUGGUGGUUUUGUUCCGGUUCUGCUAGGAUUUAUGGGUGUUUUUAAGUUUCUGACAUUGCUCGCUAAGGUUUCUUUUGAAAAAUUAGCAUUAAGGAGGCCGGAGAAGCAACUAAGUGUUCUCUUUGGGGCUUUGGGAGCCAUAGCUGGGAAUAUGGUUUGCUUCCUAAUUAGUCCUUCAGUUCUGGAUUUCAAUUUCAGUCCACUUGAUGGUUUUAGUAGAGUUUCAAUUGCUGUUUUAAUGGGUUGCUUAGUUGGUUUUCUAUUUAUGCCUGCAACGAAGAGUGUCAGGGCGUUUUGGCUUGGAACUGAUCAAUCCAGGUCUAAUUUGGCAAUGAUUUCAUGCGGAUGGUUUGCUAGACUAAUUCUAUAUGCAAAUUAUUUGGUGAUUCUAUUCACGGCAAUUCUAUGGAUUAAACCUUUAUUAGAAAUGUUGGUCAACAAGAACAUUGGUGAUGGUAAAGAUGUGCAUUUGGUCAACAAAGUUGGACAUUUAGAGAGAUUGUUUGGAAGUGUAGGAAUUUUGUCUUUGAUGGAAAAAUUACCUUAG